AUGUCUCAAAAAAUAACCUCCAAAAACUUGUCAUAUAGCUCUUCGCUCCCGCCAUUCCUCGCCGCCCUUCACGCUCAUGCAGCUGGCGCGUCCUCGGGCCCCGACCCUCUCGCGGCGGGCCAGCGCCGCUCCGCAAAGAAGCGGUCCAGCAGUGAAGAGGCGGAGGAUGUGCCGCUGGUCGUGGACGAGCAGGGAAAUGCAAUGCGCGUCCAGCUCGACCGGGACGGCGCCGUGGUCCCAGAAGCGGCUGCUGAGGGGGAGGGCAGCAAACCGGAGGGCGCCGCCGAGGCGCGAGACGCCGAACCAAAGUCUGCCUUUGGCGGGCGGAAGCGCAAGGUCGGCAGGGUGGUAGGCGGUGACGGUGACGCUCCCGACAGUGCGUCGCAAAAGAACGACCUAGAGCCAGCCAAAAAGGACGGCCAGAAAUUCGGUCCACCAACCGGGAAAAAGGCUGGCAAGAAGACCAAGAAGAUCAAGCUCAGCUUUGACCAAGAGGAAGGAGAAGGCUGA